UUGCAUCUGUGCUGACGGACUAAAAAUAAUGGGAACGCAGCAUGCUCGCGGCCACAGAGAGUGCUGUUUACUCGGCCGACCCAGCCGGGAGGAGAUAGGAGCUGCAAUAGCAGAAGGGAAGGAAAAGAAACAGAGAGACAUUAAAGGGAGUAAGGAAUCAAGAGGAGGGAGGCACACAUGCAGCACAGUGUGAGUAUGUGUUGUUUCUAGCUGUGAGGUAGGAGGAGAGGAGGAACAGGAGAAGGAGGAGGAAGGGGUGCUUCCUCUUCGUCUGGGCUGAGCUGCUGAUGUAUCCCAGCGGUCCCAGCACUUAGCAACAGGAAAACCUCGGUAUAAAAAGCUGCAUCGCAGGGGGAACCCUCCUAAGAGUCUCUCAGCCGCAGCAUGACCAGGACCAAGAGCCUGAGAGUGUGGACUUAACAAAACAAUGCCCAGCCUAAUCAUCGAACCACUCAACACACAGCACUUCAUCAUGGACAGAGAUGACAGGAAGAGAAACAAGAACAUUGGAAAGAACUUCAUGUGCCGGCUCCAGUGCAUGUUCUCACACUCGUCAAGCUCCGAGAGGCUAAGUUUAGAAGAUACCCAACAAUGGUCACAGUCCCUGGAAAGGCUUCUUGAGUCUAAAUAUGGUCUGGCUACUUUUCGCAACUUCCUAAAAUCUGAAUACAGCGAUGAGAACAUUGAAUUCUGGCUAACCUGUGAGGACUACAAGAAGAUCAAGUCUUCAUUUCGAAUGUCCUCAAGAGCCAAGAAGAUUUACGAGCAGUUCAUUAAAGCUGAAUCGCCCAAAGAGAUCAACAUUGACUAUCACACCCGAGAGCAGAUCAAAAGGAACGUCAAGACUCCCACCAUGCACUGCUUUGACGAUGCUCAGAAGAUAGUUUACGGGCUGAUGGAAAGAGACUCAUACCCGCGGUUCCUCCGCUCGGACAUUUAUAGAACUCUCCUGGAAAACCUGGCCGCCGACGCCACGAAGGGAUGAAAGCGCAGCCAGCAGGAGAGAGCAAGGACACGGAAACCAUAACUGGAAUGUUUGAGCUCCUUCAGGAGGAAGGACUGACGGCAAAGAGGGAAGGAGGGUCAGCGGGCGAGCGUGGCUUCACGGACACAUAGGGAGAGGCCUGCUGAAGUGAACUGAGGAACCCCACCCUGAGCACCCACCCACCCACCAACCCCGAGGACCGCCUGAGACCGGGCACGGGACGCACAUGCAGCCCUCGGGACGACCCCUUCAUGUGCGUGUUCGCACCCGGAUGAUGCGCUUGCGAACUGAGCUCCUUCCAGCAGGGUGACGGUGGCCCCCGCUCCUGAAGCCCUUCAGCGGACGCCCUUUGACCUUCUUUGCAGAGGUGUUUCCUAUGCAUGUAAAGAUAGCGGAUGCGAGAUGCAGUGGUCCCACUUGGUUAACUUUGCAUGCGAGUGUGUUUGUGUGUGUUUGUGAAAGAGAGAGACAGAACUUAGAAGCUACGUUUAUUUUGCCACGGACUCGGAAUAAGCUGUUGCGACAGAGGAGGCCAAUUAUCCAGUGACAGCAGCAGGAAAGGCAACGAAUCCAUAGCGGACGCAGUAUUCAAUACUGAGGUGUCAUCUGAGAUAAAAAGUUGCAAAGGGCCAUGUAGUUUUGUUCGAUUCAAUUCUGGGACAGUUUAAACAGAUAUUUCUUUGCUUUAUAAUCUAGAUGUGAGUUAAAGUGGGGUUUAAAAACUGAUGCACUUUUUGUUUUAUUUUUAGGAUGCGUAUAGGACAGGGGUCUGCAACCAGUGGCUCCAGAGCCUCACAUGGCUCUUCAGCCCUUCUUUAGCGUCUCCCUUCAGCUUUCUAACAUUUAUGUUAAUUUAAAAUUUUAUUUGCACUACUUUAAAAAGGAUUAUCUCCUGCUGAAAUGCCCAGAAAAUAUUAGAAACAUACUAAAAUGGCAAUAGUGGCUGAAACAGCAAAAACUUAAAAUAGAUGGAACCAGAUCAAAAAUACAAAUCUCUAAAAGAAACAUUGUGGCUAAAUUAGCUUAAACAUUAUUUUUUAAAAAGAUAAAGCAGCUAAAAUUGCUAAAACCGCUCAAUUAUUGGGUGACAGCUAAGAAAUAAACCUGGUAAAACAGUGAAAAUAGCAUAAAUGGCUGAAGCUUCUAAACUUGUGAAAAAAAGAAAAGAAAAAGCAAAAAAAAAAAAUCAAACUGCUCAAAUCCUAGAAACUUGUAAAGAGAAAAAAAAGUGUUAAAACUUGUUCAAAAGGCAAAUCAGUAUAAUAAAAUUCUUAAUACAGUAAGAAAGAAAGAAAGAAAGAAAGAAAGAAAGAAAGAAAAAAAGAAAGAAAGAAAGAAAAUUAAAUGGGGAAAAAACAACCAAAACAGAAAAAAUGGUUAAAGUAUCACAAUUUGUUAAAAAAUACUAUCAGUAUCUACUACUUUAAAUUAAAAAAAAAAUGCUACUCUUCUGAGUUAAAGCUCAUGAACCUCAUAAAAUAACAUGAGAUAGUUUUUUUUUUUGUAUAUAUAGAAAAUAUUAUGACUGCAACUAUUACCUUGUUAAUUAGAAUUUCAAAGGUUAAACGUGUUUUCCACACUUUUUGGUGAAAAACAAGUUAAUUUGGUGAUGAGGGUUGCAGACUCCUGCUAUAUUAGAUAUUUUUGUGUCAAUAUUUAACACCAUUAUUGCUUUAAACAACUGAAUUUGCAAAGAGGUUUUAAUGAACAUGAUUGAUGAAUAUAUUUUCAUGAUAUAUUAGUAUUUUAUUAUUCAAAAUGCACAUUUUUGUGUGGGAUCUUUGCAUCAUGUGGCACUAAAUCAACCAGGAGGUUUCCAGUUUAGGCCAGUAAUACAUAGUUUGACUCCUCACACAACUGCUAAUCUAAAUUCCUACAGCACUGAAGCAUUACGAGUGUUUGUGUCAUAAAUUGUUUGCUAUCAUAGGAAUAGGAUGUUUAAUAUUGCAUGACGGGAUUGGUGAAACUUGGUCUUUUCCGCAAGUUUAGUUAUUAUUACCGACAUCCAAAGCAUGCCGCGUGAAUGUAUGUAGGGACUUCAAAGCUAACUUAAAGAGUUAAAUGUGGUAUUAUUUAUUACUCAUUGUCACCAUUUGAGUUCAGAGUUUGUGCCGUGUUGAAGUACAUGUUAGUGAUUUGAAUGACAUUAAAUUAUUUGAAUUGCC